UUACAUAAUUAUCUUUGUAUCCGGUUUGACCAUAUACGUUCUGUAACAGUUAAGGUGGGGCUUUCCACAUGUUCAGAGAAAGAGGACAGCCACAUGUCGAGCUGUUUGCUUCUGUGACUGUACACAGCUCUCUACCACGGGAAGAAUGCACUCAUUGACCAGAAUGGAGAGAGUCCACAGCAGCUUUUCUCAGGAAAGUUCAAAGCAAAACCGAGCAUGAAUAACUUUCUAACAUUCACUACGGAGGGAAACUUGUAGCUCAAUCGUCCAAUUGAUGACACGAUGCUUCAGUCAGACAACCAGUACUCCAAACUGCGAUGGUCAUUAACCCUUGCUGGACUCUUCUUCUAUGUGUUUGACAUAUGGACAGACGUUGGACUGGCUCUGAAGUUUUUCCAGGACAGGCACUAUGUGUGGGGCGGACUGACUGUAAUGUUUGUUCUGACUGGGCUGCUGGUCACCCAGAUCUUCAGCUUUGCCUGGUACUGGGAGGAUAUGAGCAAUGUUUUCAUAAACCCGCAGGGAAAAUCAAGCAUAUCAGGCUGGUCAAAAUGUGGACUUGCUGCCCUGCAUGUAUUUGGAAUGGGCAUCUUCACCAGGUAUUAUCACCUUCUGAAGAAAGGCAUCAACGUGAUUUGGACGUCAACAGAUUCCUAUACAGAGGAAGAAAUCAGGGAUGAGCACAAGAGGCUGUUUGGUAUGGCGACUGAUCUGAGCAUGCUGAAACUGUUUGAGGCGUUCCUGGAGAGUGUCCCCCAGCUCCUUUUACAGCUUUACAUAAUACUAGGCCACGAUGAGGGCUCAGUCAUGCAGUAUUUAUCUGUGGCCUUCUCCUUCUUCAAUGCUGCCUGGGCGUUGGUGGACUAUCGCCGCUGUCUCCGCAGGUCUCUUCCCCACAUCAGAGAGAUGCCCUCUGGCCUCCCCACAGCCAUCUACCUCCUUUACAAACUCUGCACCAUCACCAGCCACAUUCUCAGCUACAGCCUCCUCCUCAUGUUAAGCGCCUACAGCACAAUAGCCCUCACUGUCAUCUGGCUGCUGGGGACACUAUGGACACACUUGCUUCACACCAACUUCUGCGAAUCCAGAAGCCUCGAAAUUCUCUACCGGGCAGUCGUAGGAGUCAUCCUCAUGUUCACCUUUUUCAACGUGAAAGGACAGAACACAAAAGUACCCAUGAUCAUCUAUUACUUUUUCUACUAUGUUGUAAAUCUCGCGGCCCCAAUAUUGUUGGCUUUUUUAAAGCAGGACCUGCAGACAAACACAUUUUUGCUGGUAAGCAUUGGUUUAAUCUAUGGAUGUUCAGUUCUGGGGAUGCUGUGUCUCUUGGUGUACUAUCUAUUCCUGCACCCCAGGGGGAAGCAGCGUGAGGCGGAUGAGGUGGACGGCCUGGGAAAAGAAACAGAAACAACAAGCAGAAUAAGGAAAUUCUUGCAACCUUGAUGAAGGUCCUUUGAAACUGUUUCCAUGGCUUGAUACAGUGAGAAGACACAGAAAUACAUGCACAGGUUGUAAAUCUUAAACAACAGUUUGACAAGUAAAAGACAUAGAGAGAGAUGUCAUCUUGAUAUUGUGCUUGUAAGUCACUAAUACUAUUGUCAGUUAUCUUUUAGUAUUUGGAGGUAAAGCUUGCAUUGUCAGUAUUCAUGUAAAUAGAUAGCUAAACAAUUAAUCACGAUAUAUUUCAAUGUGUAAAAUAAUUUCAAAUAUAUUUAUUCCUUACUUAUUUAUUCCUAUCAUAUCUAAGAAUCUGCUAAUCUUAAUGAAGGCCAAAAAUAUCUUAAAACCAACACAGACCACUUGUCAUCAAAUUUAAAAAAUAUGUGACAGUUGGAAAUCAACUGUUUUUGUGUUGUUUUGAUGGUAUGGUAUGCAUACAAUGGCAUACAGAUAAAAUCUAAUCUAUAACUGCAAUUUGGCCUUCCUUUGCAUCUUGAAAGCUUGUUAGCCAGUGCGUCAUAUUACCAGUCUGGACAUUUACACUUUGUAUUUGUCAAAAGUUAGACAGCUCAGUCAUCUCCAAUUGUAUCUUAAUAUUGACACCUAAUAGGUAGUAUUUUGUGUGUCACAGGUGUAGGGCCACAUUUCUAGGACCCUUUUUUUGUCAGCACCAACACCUAUUGAAUUAGAUAUCCAAGGGAGUAGCACAUAUUGACGCAAGAACCACAUUUCUGGCCAGUAUGGAAGGAAAAUAUAGAAUGGAUACUAAAUGUGAAUAAAGUUUGAUUUGUCUAACAUUGAAAACAAUUCACUGAGGUGUUGUGUCAGCCUCUGUCAAAUCUUUCAAAUUAUGCAAAGUGCAUAAUAUGCUCAAAAUGCAACCAAGUUAAAUUGCAGGGCAGAAAGUGGUACUUUGCUUAACUAAACCUUUAAAGCUAUAAUUUUUUUAGUUCAGAAUUACUGUUUGGGUAGAAUGAACUUUUGAAAACUUAAGUAGUUGGACAGAAAGACGCACUUUAGUUAUCACCCAAUUCAGUAGGUGGGGUUGUUGUGAAAAACAGGGGUCCUAGAAGUGCGGUCCUGAAACUGCAGCCUCAUUUAUACCGGAUGGCGACAUGAUCUAGGUUGACUGUUUGUGGUAACAGUGAUGUUCAGUGCUACUGUGGGUUUGUCUUUUUUUUUUUUUUUUUUUAAUUAUUUGGUUUGGUGGCCGGCACUAGCUUAAAAUAAAGCUGUAACUAAUGA